AUGGAGCCUUUCGAUUUUUUCCCAAAGAAACCAUCGUGUUCGCUUAAUUUAUCGGAUGACACGAAUGAGUCGAACCGAAAAAGUGAAGAUUCCGACGUGGAAUUGCAUAUAGGCCCUCCCAACUUGAGUAACGAUGUUAAGAUCAGUUGCGAGAAAAAGGAUAAUAUUGCAAAUUGCGCAUAUUGGAUACCAACCCCUGCACAAAUCUUGGUUGGCUUUACUCAUUUUUCAUGCCACAUAUGCAAGAAAACUUUUAAUCGCUACAAUAAUCUCCAGAUGCAUAUGUGGGGUCACGGGUCAGAGUUCCGAAGGGGAUCGGAGUCAUUGAAGGGUCGUCAGCCACGGGCAAUGCAGGGGGUUCCGUGCUAUUGCUGCAUGGAAGGGUGCAAGAACAAUAUCGAGCACCCGAGGGGGAAGCCUCUCAAGGACUUUCGCACCCUACAGACACACUACAAGCGCAAGCACAGCAGCAAGAGGUACGCUUGCCGCAAGUGUGGGAAGCCACUCGCAGUGAAAGGCGACUGGCGAACCCACGAGAAGAACUGCGGCAAGCGCUGGCUCUGCCUCUGCGGCUCUGACUUCAAGCACAAGAGGUCUCUCAAAGACCACGUCGCCUCCUUCGGGCCGGGCCACGGGCCCUCUUCCCCGCCCGCAUUUUUUUCAACAUGA